CUUGCCCCGCCCCUUCCGCCCCGGAGCGCGUGCGCAGUUCCUCGCCGCCGAGCUCUUCAAGGGUCUCUACCUUUAGGUACCGGGCGGCUGCCGUGGGCCGUGUGCGGAGGGCUCCGCCCGGCUCGUCCACCAUGCACUGGGGGCUGUGCCCUCGCGGGCCCGGGGCGGCGGCGGUCGCCGCGGCUGGGAGCUUCUGGGGGCCAGCCCGUUUGCCCAGCCGCCUAGGGUGUCUGGGGAUGACGAGGAGGCUCGUGGUACGAUCCGUGGCCGGGGCGGACAGCCCCCAGAGCAGCUCGAAAGGCGGCAGAUACCGUGACACGGUGCUGCUGCCGCAGACCAGCUUCCCGAUGAAGCUGCUGGGCCGCCAGCAGUCCGACAUGGAGCUGGAGAUCCAGCAGAAAUGUGGCUUUUCAGAGCUUUAUUCCUGGCAAAGAGAAAGAAAAGUAAAGACGGAAUUUUGCCUUCAUGACGGGCCUCCUUAUGCCAACGGUGACCCUCAUGUUGGGCAUGCCCUGAACAAGAUUUUGAAAGACAUUGCCAAUCGAUUCCAUAUGAUGAGAGGUUCCAAGGUACACUUUGUGCCUGGCUGGGAUUGCCAUGGCUUGCCCAUUGAAACAAAAGUGUUAUCAGAGCUCGGUGUAGAUGCCCAGAGUCUUUCAGCCAUGGAGAUCAGGGAGAAAGCCAGAUCAUUUGCUCAGGCAGCCAUUGAAAAGCAGAAAUCGGCGUUUGUCCGCUGGGGAGUGAUGGCAGACUGGAAUAACUGCUAUUACACAUUUGACCCAAAGUACGAAGCCAAGCAGCUGAGAGUAUUCUACCAAAUGUAUGAGAAGGGCUUGGUUUAUCGAUCUUACAAACCAGUAUAUUGGUCUCCCUCAUCAAGGACUGCGUUGGCUGAAGCAGAGCUUGAAUACAACCCUGAGCAUGUCAGUCGGUCGAUAUACGUAAGAUUCCCCCUCCUGAGACCUCCUCCGAAGUUGGAGUCUCUUACAGAUGCCUCAUCCCCUGUUAGCGUUUUAGUUUGGACCACCCAGCCUUGGACAAUUCCCGCCAACCAGGCAAUUUGCUAUAUGCCAGAGGCAAAGUAUGCUGUGGUGAAAUGUUCUGCCUCUGGGCACCUCUACAUCCUGGCUGAAGAUAAAAUAGCACCUGUCGCUUCUGCCUUGGAAACAACAUUUGAUGUUGUUGCAGCAUUUUCAGGUGUGGAUCUGGAAGGUGGCACUUGUAGUCACCCUUUAACUCCCGAUAAAGUGUCUCCUCUUUUACCUGCUACCCACGUGACUAUGGCCAAAGGAACAGGGUUGGUUCACACAGCCCCAGCUCACGGUAUGGAAGAUUACAGCGUAGCAUCUCAGCACAGCCUCCCUAUGGACUGUUUAGUGGAUGAAGGCGGAAUGUUCACCGAUGCCGCAGGCCCUGAACUUCAGAACAAGGCUGUACUUAAAGAAGGAACAGAUGUGGUUAUAAAGAUGCUUCAAGCUACCAAGAAUGUGUUGAAAGAAGAGAACAUUGUGCACAGCUAUCCCUGUGACUGGAGAACUAAGACACCCGUGCUGAUUCGAGCCAGCAAGCAGUGGUUUGUAAAUAUCACGGACAUCAAGGCUGCAGCUAAGGAGUCGUUGAAGACGGUGAAGUUCAUUCCCGGAGCCGCACUGAACAGCAUGACGGACAUGCUGGACAGACGGCCGUACUGGUGCAUAUCCCGGCAGAGAGUCUGGGGGGUUCCCAUUCCUGUGUUUCAUCAUAAGACAAAAGAUGAAUAUUUGAUCAACAGACGUAUGUUGUCACCAGCACUGUUGACUUACGCGCUAAGGUAGCUUAGAGCCAGCCUCUGGAAACCUGUGGACUUUAUGUUCAGUAAGUAAAGAAAGCAUCCUAAAUCGUUGCCUGCUGCCUCUACAGCCUGCGCAUUGGACUUGGUGGGAACAGGCUCUUCCUUCUGAAGCUCCACCGUGUUCUUUGUCACAUUUAGACAACAGACAGGAACUCUUAGCCUCUUACCUCGUUCUUUCCACGGUCACUUCCAGCAGAGAUCCUGUCCUGUGCCUUUUGCUUAUAAAGAGAGAACAGAGGACCAAGAGGACAGCAGCGGCUCCUUACCUGGAAGUCCUGAGUGCUUCCUGCUUCUCGGCUAAAUAGCACAUGCUGCUGAUAGCAGAGCCCGGGUGAUUGGCUGCCGUCAGAGCUGCCCCACUGCCUGGGUUUUCCCUGAUGGAAACCGAAGCAGGAACACGGAAUGCGUGACAGAUAAGGCCUCUGAGUACAAAGUUCUAGUAUGGUCUGACUUAUUGCUCUGUGAAAUACAGCAUUAAAAUGGAAACAGACUACAGAGUGAUAAGUGGUUUCACCCACUUUUAUCAACAGUAAUUUAUACUGGUCUUUAGGUCAUAAGUCAACUGUGUGCUGAAGUAUAGAAUAUUGUUAAUAAAAUAAAGAGAAUUCUUGAGUUUGCAAGGACAAACCUUAAGAAAUUCUUUUACACUAUUUGAAAGCAUGACCUCAGUUUCAUUAUAAAGAAUUCUACUUGUAAGUAUUUAUCGGAAGGGAAAACACUAAUGAAUUCUGUACAGAGCUAUGCAUAUAAGAUGUCCAGUUUAGCUGUGUGUCCGGGAACUUAAUGACAUCCAAAGGAGAAAGAGCUAGGAAGACAGCUCGGUGGGAAGCACUUGUUUGGCAUGCAUGAAUCCAUAGGUUCAAAGCCAGCCUCAGACAUGUGCACACAGCUAGUGUUUAAAUUAUGUAAGAGGAGGUCACGCAGACAUUUAAGGCCAUAGCUUUGCUCUUAUUGGCUGCCUAGGUUCCACACUGAAAAUCCAGUGACCAGAGCAUGUCCAGCAUUUGGCUGUUUCGAGGUGGUUGCUUUUUGUCGUUUAGUUCUGUUUUGGUGGGAAGUCAGUCCCUACUACUGAGCUGUGCUCCUGCCCCUGAGUUUUCCUGAGUCACAGACUGUGGCAGGCAGCUCCACUGUCCACAAGGUUGGUGGCCCUCCAGUUUGUCUCCUGAGUGUGGGAUUCUGGUCCACACAAAGGGCAGGCGGCAAGAGGAAUCGGCUCUUUCAUGACAGCAGUGCUGUGCAUGUGAGCUUCAGUGAGAAGGCUUGUGUUAAUCAGCCUUUAAAAAGUAAAUUUCAGUUUUAAAGUUAAGCUAAUCAACUUUUUACUGACAAAUUUGCAUACAUUUGGUAAUACAACAUGGCCUCUCACGACACAGGCAUGUUGCAUUGGGGUGUGCUUGUUUGGUUUCCUUAAUUCUCUAACUCUAGAGCUGAUUGGGUUUCCUCUAAAAGGUGAGUAUUUUGUCUGUCUAGAAUGUCUGACUGCAGAGCAAGAGGCUUAGCAAGGAACAGCAGGGUCCUUCACAGGUGGUGGGAGGCGAGGCUGGAAGGCCUGACUCAGCCAGUGCAGCUCCUUGGGGGGCACUGAAGACAAAAAGAUCUUUUUUUUUCUUUCUUUCUCUCUCUUUUUUAUUUUUGGAAAACAUUUUUUUUUUCUUUAGAGUCCUAAGAACAAAACUGGGUUAUUUUCUUGGUAUUAUGUAUAUAGUUUAAUUUGCCAAUUUUUUUUGGAAACAAGUAUGUCAUAUAUGUGUAUGUAUGUAUAUGUGUGUAUGCAUGCUUGUGGUUGAGGUCCUAGGCCCUGCUCAUGCUAUGCCAAUGUUCUCCCACUGAUCUCCAUGCACACACACCUGCUGAUCAGCCUUUGUAGCUCAUAUUGACUUUGCACUCAGUCCUGCUGCUACCUCUUCUUGAGUUGCUGAGGUGACAGAGUGUACUGGCUAGUUUUGUGUCAACUUGACACAGCUGGGGUUAUCACAGAGAAAGGAGCUUCAGUUGAGGAAAUGCCUUCAUGAGAUCCAACUCUAAGGCAUUUUCUCAAUUAGUGAUCAAGGGGGAAAGGCCCCUUGUGGGUGGGACCAUCUCUGGGCUGGUAGUCUUGGGUUCUAUAAGAGAGCAGGCUGAGCAAGCCAGAGGAGGCAAGCCAGUAAAGAACAUCCCUCCAUGGCCUCUGCAUCAGCUCCUGCUUCCUGACCUGCUUGAGUUCCAGUCCUGGCUUCCUUGGUGAUGAACAGCAGUAUGGAAGUGUAAGCCGAAUAAACCCUUUCCUCCCCAACUUGUUUCUUGGUCAUGAUGUUUGUGCAGGAAUAGAAACUCUGACUAAGACACAGAGGCACACUGUUUGAGGCAGGCUUUGUUGUUUGUUGGUCUUGUUUUUUGAGACAGGGUUUCUCCUUCCCUGGCUGACCUGGAACUUAUUCUGUAGGCCAGGCUGGCCUCAAAGGUGUGCACCCCAUCCCUCUCCCUCCCAUCCCCCACUCCAUCCCCACUCCAGCUUUGAGGCUGAAUUUUUAAGAACUACUGCACAUUGGUUUUCAUUGGUUGAGAUUAUAUUUGUAGUUCUAAGAUUCAUAGAAAUAUUACUAAAGUAAAAGAAAAAUAAAACCAAACAAGCUCUCUUUCUCACUGAUUGCCAGACCUCAGACAUCUAAAAUAAGGAUUUCAUGAUCUUAAAACGAAGUGCUGUAAAAUAUACAAUUACUUAGCAUUGAGGUGGCGGAGGCAGGAGGAGGCAAGACAAACCUACUCUAUAUAGUGACAUUGCAAAAAAA